AUGGAAAUCUCAGGACGGCGAGUGAGAAGAUUCAGAAUGAGAUUCCGGCGAGACCGAUUCUCCGGCGACGAGAACGACGAUAGUUCCAUCCUCCCUCACGACGGUGGGAAUACAGAUACCGAUUCCUCCUGUUGUUACUGCGACCUCAAGAUCUCGAUGUUCAACGAACCCAUCUUCCGUUUCGGACGACGAUUCUCCGGCGUUAUGAAAAUCUGGUUCUCAAUCGGACUCGGAUUCGGCGUCGCUUCUCUUAUACUCGUCACCGUCUUCCUUCUCCUUCAAUUUCACCAUAACCCUCUCUCCAAUCGCCUCGCUUCCUCCAUAUUCGGAUUCCGGCGUUUAUCACUUUCAGGAAUCGUUUAUGUAUUCGUUUCCACUGUUAUUACUGUUUCAGUUCAUGAACUUGGUCACGCUCUUGCUGCUGCUAGUGAAGGAAUACAGAUGGAAUACAUUGCGGUUUUCGUUGCAGCUAUAUUCCCCGGCGGUCUUGUUGCUUUCGAUAACGAUGUUUUACAGUCACUUCCAAGCUUUAAUGCGCUUCGUAUCUACUGUGCUGGUAUUUGGCAUAAUGCAGUGUUCUGUGCACUCUGCGCGUUCGCUUUGUUUCUGUUGCCUGUGAUGUUGUCCCCAUUCUACAAACACGGCGAAAGCCUCACGGUUGUGGAUGUGCCUUCUAUGUCGCCGUUGUUUGGUUAUUUAUCUCCUGGAGAUGUUAUCGUGUCCUUAGAUGGCAUACGGGUUCAUAAACCUAGCGAAUGGCUUGAACUGGCAGCGAUUUUGGAAAAGCAGAACAGUGAAACAUCGAAUGCUUCCUUGUAUCUUGGAGGUUCGAGGAGGUUUCAUCAUGGGAAGGGUUACUGUGUCCCUGUGUCUGUGAUUGAAGAAGGGUUCAAGGCUAAAAUGGUUGAGAACCGAUUUGUUUGUCCCGGUGAUCUCACUGCGUUUAUACCUAUGCCAUGCUCAAAUGCAGUCCUAAGAGAGGAUUCCAUUUGUUUGGAUGCAAAGGAUAUUGUGAAGCUUAACAAAUGCGGCGAUGGAUGGGUUACAACAUCAGACACAGAUAAUAAAAGCGACUGCGUUUGUUCACAGGGCGAGUUGUGUUUACACGCGGUGCAAUCUCCAGGCGUAUCAUGGACAGAAAUCACAUAUAGGAAAACCUCUUCACAGGAUUGCUCAAGACUUGGUGCGGAUUUCAAUACAUCGAAUUGUCUUGGGACGUUUGUUUUUGUCGGUGAUCUGAUCGCCAUGUCAGAUUCAGUUUAUUUAACCGCAUACCAACCACGUUGGCUAUUUAACUCCUUCGGAAAAUCCAUCCCGGAUAUUCUGGAAAAGAGUUUGACCUGCACAUUCCAUGUCUCUCUUGCACUAGUUCUUCUGAACAGCUUACCGGUGUAUUAUCUUGAUGGAGAAUCAAUUUUAGAGUCUAGUCUCCAGUAUUUCACUUGGUUAAGCCCAAGAAAGAAGAAGAAAGCUCUUCAAGUAUGUCUUAUUGGAGGAAGUCUCCUCUCUCUCCUCGCCUUGUUCAGAAUCUUCCUCAUCGGUUUACCUCUAAGCCGAUGGUAA